AUGGUGAUUUUUCACCCUCAUUCUCUGUCAGUAAACGCUAUUUUGAUUGGCUCUCUGCUCUUGACUGACCUGCUCUCUCUACUUACCAUCUUACUGCUCACCAUUACUGGGGAGGCCACGGAAGUGAUUAAAGAUCAACCUAAGUUAACCGGUGUUCUGUGGAAGGCAGCCUCAGGAAGCUGCUGGUGGCUAGACAAUAUCUUUUCCAAGUAUCUCCCUAUGCUUUCAAAACUCAGAUUUCUUGUACCUUUCCUUCUGUUUCUUACUCUGUGGUACUGGGGUCCAUCCGGAUUGUUGGCCAUGCUGCCUGUUGCUAGCAUGAAUUUGGCCUCUCACCCAAUCCAACCAACCACUCAAACCUCCAUGGGCAACACUGAGAAUGGUCAAACUCCUGCUGACACUGAUUCUCAGUGGGACUCUGUUCUAACGAUAGCAGAUUUUGAGAGGCUCACACGUUUGGAAGACCUUAUGGUUCAGCUAUGGGAUCAAGUGGCAGGUGCUUUGCUCAGACAGGAGGAGCAGCACACAGAAGUGUUCAGUCUUUACAACACACUGCCGGCAGAGCUGCACAGGCAUACUGACAGAGAAAGCAUGGGCAAGUGGAUUGGUGACAUGCUGGAGGAGAGAUUCAGCCAUCUGAAGGGAGAGGUGGAGAACAAAGCCAAGCACACGCAACAUGUGUCUGAGCAGGUGGAGAAGGAAGUAAGGUCUAUGUUUUAUGGCAGCGACCAGGCAGCUGAGCUUCCUCAGUCUUUAUUGCACUGGGUCUGUUAUCAAUAUGUUAGCAUCACUGAACUGCAGGCUUCACUCAUAGUCCUGGAGCGCAGCAUUCUGUGUAACCUGACCCUUCAUAUAGAGGAGGGCCAUUCGCCUUCUAAAGAGACAAUCACGCAAACUAUACGACAAGCCACUGGGGAGACGGGCCUCACGGAGGAAGAUAUACAGUUGAUUGUGAACAAUACUCUUAAACUCUACUCUGAAGACCGCAAUGGUCUGGUGGAUUAUGCAAUGGAAGCUGGAGGUAUAGGCUGUGACCAGCUGCGUUUGAGCAGAGUCGUUCUGGAAGACAUUGAACAGCUGCUUCGUGGAGUUUACGGUCUGGUUCAGCAGAACGCUAGUUCCGACGGCGGCGGCGGCUCCGAGCAAAGCUCCCAGGAACCGUUUGGAGUGGUGGUUGUGUCCACCUAA